AUGGCAGGGAAGAGGCUCAACAGCAGCAGGCCAUACUUAGGUGUGUUUAAGAUAUCAGAUGUUUUGGAUCCAGAGAGAUUAGUACAAUGUCCAUAUAAUAAACAUCAUCGGAUUAGAGCCUCUCGGUUUCCCUAUCACAUUGUAAAGUGUAGGAAGAGCUACCCUAAAGUUGCAGAGGAAUUGGCCACGUGCCCCUUCAACGCUCGCCAUCUAGUUCCUCGAGCUGAACUCAGCGACCAUAUAACGAAGUGCAGUGACAGAGGGUUCAUUGAACAAGAUAUAGUGAAUCAGUCCUCUAGCUUCCAGAGAGACCAUAUGAAUGCUGCAAGCACCUGGCAGGCACCUCCAUGUAAUGAAGACUGGGAAGCAGAGUUGCUGGAGCAGUCAGAUACUCCUUUUAUUUGGGGCAUGAGCAACUCUGGCAGAAACAG